AUGGGACAGUCAGGGUCAAGGGACCAUCAGCUUUAUUUGCAGUUGCUUAGAUCUAUGCUGCAGGCUUGCGGCAGACCUGUUAAAAGACAUCAGUUAGAAGAUUUUCUUGCUUAUAUACAGGAUACCUGUCCUUGGUUUCCAAAGGAGGGAACUCUUGAUUCUAAAAUCUGGGAAAAGGUUGGCAUACAGCUCCAGGAGCGUCAGGCGCUCGAUGGGCCCGGGAAGUUCUCCGGCGACAUACUUUCACUUUGGGAGUUGGUACGCGACAGUCUUGAUCCCAGUCCGGAGGCUUCCUGUCCCCUGAAAACACAGUCUCAGCCUAUAGUAGAAAGAUUUAGUAACGAUGUCCGGGAGUUUGAGGAGACCAGAUCUCAAGAGAAACAUACACUAGCCAAAAAGAACAAAGACAAAAUACCGAGCCAGAGGACUCUUUUGAGGAGGAAGAAGAGGACGAGGUCCCUAAGGAGGAGGGCCCGGCCCUCAUCACUUGGGCCGCGUAUCAUUCCCGGCGAGGGCGUCCCACCCCAUGGGACCUACUGCCAUCUGCGCAGCCAGCAGCAGCCUGUUUUGCAGCAGCUUGUCAAAUAUGUCUCAGGUUCCAAGAACAGGAUCCCAGAGACCAGUGUACUCUGUGGGUUAAGGCAGGCUGCGGAAAGAGACAAGGAUAUUGGGGAGUAUCAACAAUUUUGUUUUCCAGUAAUAGAAUGUCUGGACCCCAAUAAUCCAGGGCAGGUGCUUAGGGAACAUGAGCCUAUCCCUUUUAAGAUGCUUAAGGAACUCAUAGCCUCGACUGCCCAGUAUGGGCCUACUGUUCCUUUUACCUUAGCAUUACUUGAGCCCGUUUCUACAAACACAUCCCUUACUCCAAAAGAUUGGAUAAUGAUAACUAAGGCUUCUUUAACUGGAGGGGAUUACUUGCUCUGGAAAGUGGAGUUCAUUGACCAGUGCGAGCAGCAGGCAGAGCGAAAUGCUGCACACCAGAUACCUGUCACAGCUGAGAUGCUUAAGGGAGAAGGAAAUUACACAGGCAUAAAUAAUCAAGUAGAAUAUCCUGCAAUAGCCUAUCAACAGAUUACUUCUUGUGCUACUAGGGCCUGGAGGACACUUCCUACCACAGGGGCAAAGACAGAGGAGCUGUCUAAUGUAAGACAGGGCCCAGAUGAGACAUAUCAGAACUUCAUCUCCCGGCUCCUACAGGCCAUAGAUUGGCUCAUUGAUGACCCAGGGGCUGCACAGUUUCUUGCCGAACAGCUAGCAUUUGAGAAAGCCAAUUCUACUUGUAAAUCUAUAAUACAGCCUUAUAGAAAGAAAGCUAAUGUUUUGGAAUUUAUCCACCUUUGUGCAGAUGUAGGGCCAUCUUAUAUCCAGGGCAAUGCUCUUGCCAUGGCACUACAAAAGGUUUUCAACCCAAAGCUGAAACAAAAGAGGGAGAGGAAUCAUAAGGAGGAAGUAUGUUAUUCUUGUGGGCAGGCAGGCCAUUUCUCUAGGGAGUGUCCUAGUAAAACUCCCCAGGUGGAGUCUGGACACUCACCUCAGAUUUGCCUUAGGUGCAGGCAUGGAAAACACUGGGUAUAA